AUGAGGAGCGAGGUCUCGGCUCUCGUCUUUUGUUCGAUAGCCCUAAUAGCGGCCCCGUUUGGAACGUAUCGGUCGAACCUCUACUUUGGUGCACGCACGCGUAGUCCUCAAUCGCCCCUCGUCGGCCUCAUGUGGUUCGGCGCACACAAUCCACUCACCGUCGACCAGCUGCGGCACAGCUGCGAAGAGGGUGACGGGUUGGACAGCUACGGGUGGACCCGGCACGACGGCACCAACUACGGCGAGCAGACACUGAUCGACUCGAAGACUGACCUCAAGCUCACUACCACUUUCAUCAAGCACCAGCGCGGUGCGAAUGGAGGUGAGUGGGUGACCCGCCUGUCGGGCCAAAGCGCCAGCGGAGCAGCAGCAAGCGCGAAGGCAACUGAGUCUGCGACAUCCCUGUUCUUGUACAUCACCGGCUUGGCCGAUGACGUCCAGGUGGAGGGCCAGACCGACGAGUUGGGCGCUUUCUCUUUCCUGAUCCGGAAUGGCCAGGACAAUAAGUCUCCGGCCUCCCACUCCCCGCCGGUGGGGAUGAAGGAGGUGGCCGAUCUUAAGAAGACACAUUUCUAUGGCUACCAUGUAGCUACCGAGGAUGUGUGGGAUGUCAAACAGGCCGCGGCGAUCAAGUCGAAGAGCAAGAAGGGCGCCGCGGCUGCUGCGCACCGCACAUUCACCGAAACGCAGCUGAGCUCAUGGGCUCUGGGCGGCAGUGAGGUGAAUACGGCCGUAGCGCACCGAAGGCGAGAAUUCGAGAGCCAAUUUGAGGAGGCUUUUGGUCUAGCAGCCAAAGGGUUCACCGCUCAACAGCGCCACUUCGCCAUGUCCACCAUGAGCAACCUGAUUGGAGGCAUCUCCUAUUUUUACGGUUCGUCUAUUGUCGAAGAUCGAGACUCCAAUCCCGCACAGCCGAGAAAGUAUUAUUCUCCGCCCAAGAGCCUCUACACAGCCGUGCCCUCGCGACCUUUCUUUCCUCGAGGUUUCCUGUGGGACGAAGGCUUUCACCAGCUUCUCGACCCCAACACCGGUUGGAUUGCUCGGGAGCAGAUUCUUGGCAAGGAAGCGCGCUCCAAGGUGCCACCAGAGUUUCAAGCACAGAAUCCUUCCUACGCCAACCCGCCUACACUGCUCUUCCCACUCUCGGCCUCCAUUCAGGCCAUCAAAAAGGCUCAAGCGGUUUCCGCCCACGAGCAACACGUCGACUUGCUCUCGUGGAUGAUGUUCUACUCCCGCACGAUGGUCGAUAUUUCGCUUCUUCUCGGCCAGGACCCCUCGCCCUACUCAGAGGCCUACGAGCGCUUCCAGGCGCAACUACAAAACUACUGGAGCGAGGAGCACCAGUGUUACUGUGAUAUUGACGGUCGCAAUCCAGCCACUGGCCUCUUCAAUCUUGUGUGCCACAAGGGCUAUGUCAGCUUGUUCCCGCUGUUCCUUGGGUUGGUGCCCACCGACUCGCCCAAUCUCGGCGCAUUGCUCGACCUCAUGCGAGACGAAAACCACCUCUACCGAUACUUCGGCCAGGGCGAGAAUUACUGGAAAGGUCCUAUUUGGAUCAACAUGAACUACCUCGCCCUGUCGGCGCUCAAAAACUACUAUGCUUCGCGCCCAGGGCCACACCAAGCAAGAGCACAGACCAUCUACCAAGAACUACGUUACGUGUGGGAACAGUACAAUCCAAUCACAGGCAAGGGUCAGCGCUCGCAUCCGUUCACGGGUUGGUCUGCUUUGGUGGUCCUCAUCAUGGCUGAGCACUAUCCCGAGAAGUACCCUCUCCUUUCUUCUUCUGCUCCCUUCGCGACUAAUUCGUAG